UAUAUAGCAUACAACCAUACUAAUAAUAUUUAUAAAGUAUGCAGCAUGUAUACUGUAUGCAGUAUGAAAGCUUUUUGUAUGCCUGGAAUACCCUGAUGACCUAUUACGCUGCCAAAAUGUGCAGUAUAUAGCCUGUAACCAGAGCAAACUACGUAGGCCUAAAAAACCGGUCAUUUCAUACAAUGCACUCCAUUUGACAUUCCCAGUGUGAAUAUAACAAGAUUUUGAACAUCUUCUUGUCACAUUAUUUUAAUGAACUGCCAAGAGUUAAGACAGUUUACCCAAUAUUGGAAUAAAAACGCACAAUAUCCGUUUAAUUUCUGAAAUGAUAACUGAACACUACUAAACUGAACAUGAAACAAAGUGAGGUAAUGUGACAACCAUGUUGCAUACUACUGUUUAUAUACUGUAGUAUAUACUAAGUAGUAUGUAGUAAGUAAUAUACUAGUGUUCCAUUCUGUACGUAGCUGCGUCCGCGCAUGCGCAGUUUGAGCGGGGUUUGGUUUGUGUUUACAGCUGCACUGUUGCUGGCUAACGUUCAAAGCUGUUAUGUCAAGCAUCUCUGGAAUAAAAAGCGUUUGUGGAAACAGGUAAUUUUGCUCAUUAAACUGCCAUUCAUGAGCGUGUCUGGCUUGGUUUAGCAGUCAUGGAUGACAAGGCCUCAGUGGGGAAAAUUAGUGUGUCUUCUGACUCGGUGUCCACCCUCAACAGUGAGGAUUUUGUCCUGGUGUUCCGUCUGGGGGAUGAGACCCCCUCCACUAAUAACAGUAGCGAUGAUGAAAAGACAGGACUGAAGGUGAUUUCUGAGGAAGGGGUCAGCUUUAAGAUCGUGGGGAACGGCAGUGAACAGCAGUUACAGCUGGAGCUGGAAGAUGUGCUGAUGGACCCUUCUGUGACUGAGCUGGCUGGUGGACCGGACCAGUCGGGAGGGGAAGAUCAUGGCUACCCUACCACUGUUGCCCCGCCACAGUCCUGUCUGACACCCCCUAAACUCGAAAUGAUGCUGCCUGUUCAGGGGCCUCAGGAGAGCGAACUCAAUGAGAGAUCUUACAGGGAUGAGCCCUCUGAGAUGAGUCCCAGUACUCCUGUCCCAGACGAGGACAGCGUGGUGUUCAGUAAACUGACAUAUUUGGGCUGUGCAUCAGUAAAUGCCCCUCGCAGUGAGGUGGAGGCCCUACGUAUGGUCAGCAUCCUUCGCAGCCAGUGCCAGAUGCCCCUGGACAUCACCCUCUCUGUGCCCGGAGUCUCUGAGGGCACCGUCAGGUUACUGGACCCUCAGAGCAGUGCUGAGAUUGCCAACUACCCCAUUUACAAGAUCCUCUUUUGUGUUCGUGGCCACGACGGGACACCAGAGAGCGACUGCUUCGCCUUCACUGAGAGCCACUACAACGCUGAGAUCUUCCGCAUCCACGUCUUCCGCUGUGAAAUCCAGGAGGCGGUCAGCAGAAUACUUUACAGUUUUGCCACAGCCUUCCGACGAUCAGCCAAUAAAGCACCACUUGCUGCCAAGGCUCCGCCCCUCACGCCAGACAGUGACGUUUUCACCUUCACCGUCAGCCUGGAGAUCAAAGAGGAUGAUGGGAAGGGCAUAUUUAGUGCUGUGUCAAAGGAUAAGGACAGGCAGAGCUUUAAACUGCGGCCAGGCAUGGACAAGAAGAUAGUGAUCUAUGUCCAACAGACGUCCAACAAAGAGCUGGCCAUCGAGAGGUGUUUUGGUCUGCUCUUGAGCCCAGGAAAGAACGUAAAGAACAGUGACAUGCACCUGCUUGACUUGGAAUCAAUGGGCAAGAGUUCAGAUGGGAAGUCUUACAUCAUCACAGGGAGCUGGAAUCCAAACACUCCACAGUUUCAGGCUGUGAACGAGGAGACACCCAAAGAUACAUUCAUGUACAUGACAACGGCAGUGGAUCUGGUGAUCACUGAGGUGGAGGAGCCCGUGAGGUUCCUGCUGGAGACGCGGGUUCGAGUGUGCUCACCCAACGACAGGCUUUUCUGGCCCUUCAGUAAACGCAGUUACACUGAGACCUUCUAUCUCAAACUCAGACCGAUGGAGAAUAAGGAGAGGAAGAAUAACUCAGACACUCUGUAUGAAGUGGUGAAAUUAGAAAGUGAGACGGAGAGAGAAAGGAUGAAGACCACGGCGAGUCCCGGCAUCCCGCCCUCUGGGUCUCUUGGCUCUAUGGUGCCCUCGCCACCAGAGGAUGAUGAGGAGAAAGAUAAUGAUGAGCCCUUACUAAGCGGCUCUGGAGAUGUGUCUAAGGAAUGUGGCGAAAAAAUUCUGGAAACUUGGGGGGAUUUAUUAUCCAAAUGGCAUCUGAACUUGGCGGUUCGGCCCAAACAGCUGCCGGCACUGGUCCGCAGUGGUGUCCCAGAGGCCUUGAGAGGGGAGGUGUGGCAGCUACUGGCCGGAUGUCAUAACAAUGACCAUCAGGUGGAGGAGUACCGAACACUCAUUACAAAGGAAUCUCCGCAAGACAGUGCCAUCACUCGUGACAUUAACCGUACCUUUCCUGCACACGACUACUUCAAAGACACUGGAGGUGAUGGGCAGGACUCUCUUUAUAAGAUCUGUAAGGCAUACUCUGUAUAUGAUGAAGAGAUUGGUUACUGCCAGGGACAGUCCUUCCUCGCCGCUGUGCUGCUGCUACACAUGCCAGAGGAGCAGGCGUUCAGCGUGCUGGUGAAGAUCAUGUUUGAAUACGGUCUCAGGGAGCUCUUUAAGCAGAACUUUGAAGAUCUGCACUGCAAGUUCUUCCAGCUGGAGAGACUCAUGCAGGAAUACAUUCCAGACCUGUACGCACACUUCCUGAAUCUGGGUUUGGAAGCGCACAUGUACGCCUCCCAGUGGUUCCUCACUCUCUUCACAGCCAAAUUCCCCCUCUACAUGGUCUUUCACAUCAUAGACCUACUGCUGUGUGAGGGCAUCAGUGUCAUUUUCAAUGUGGCUCUUGCGUUACUGAAGACAUCUAAAGAUGACCUGUUACAGACUGAUUUUGAAGGCGCGCUGAAGUUCUUUCGAGUGCCUGUGCCCAAACGCUAUCGCUCAGAGGAGAACGCCAAGAAGCUCAUGGAGCUAGCAUGUAGUAUGAAGAUCAGUCAGAAGAAGCUAAAGAAGUACGAGAAGGAAUAUCACACCAUUCGCGAGCAACAAGAACAGCAGGAGGCGCCAAUCGAGAGAUAUGAGAGAGAGAACCGGCGGUUACAGGAAGCUAACAUGCGUCUGGAACAGGAAAACGACGACCUGGCACAUGAGCUGGUCAGCAGUAAGAUUGCGCUGCGGAAAGACCUGGACAACGCAGAAGAGAAAGCCGACGCUCUCAAUAAAGAGCUUCUCAUCACCAAACAGAAACUGGUGGACUCUGAAGAUGAGAAGAGAAGACUGGAGGAAGAGUCUGCACAGCUGAAGGAGAUGUGUCGGAGAGAACUGGACAAAUCAGAGUCGGAGAUAAAGAAGAACGGCUCCAUCAUUGGAGAAUAUAAACAGAUCUGCUCUCAGCUUAGCGAGCGUCUGGAGAAACAGCAGACUGCCAACAGAGGAGAGUUGGAGAAGAUCCGGCUGAAGGUGGAGGGCUGUGAUAAGUGCAGCAUUCUCUUCAGUAAGGAGGGCCGUCUGAAAGUGCGGAGCACUCCUAAGGAGGGCAGUGAGGAAGACACAGACGAGGAGAAGGAGGCGCUGAAGAACCAGCUGAGAGAGAUGGAGCUGGAGCUCGCUCAGACCAAACUGCAGCUGGUGGAGGCAGAGUGCAAGAUACAGGACCUGGAGCAUCAUCUGGGCCUGGCUCUGAAUGAAGUCCAAGCAGCCAAAAAGACGUGGUUCAACCGGACAUUAACCUCCAUCAAGACUGUCACGGGAGCUCAAGGCAAAGAAAGCGUCUAACAGGACCAGAGAGACACAACACUCCAGCCACUAACUAUCGCUCCCCUGCCCAGCGAUCUCAACCUACGGCUGGCACAGAGUGAACAAUGCUUUUUCUCUCUCCUUUUUCCUUUUGUAAAAAGAACUUUACUUCAAGGGUACCAACUACCCCAAUUGAAACACAUGUACUUACUGAAAGCAAAAAGACUUUAAUGCUAGUCUUUCUACUACUGAUAUUAAACAGAGGACUGGACUGUGUCUUCUGAGGGAUAUUAAAACUUCAUCUACUGUUCUACUCAAGACUACUUGCACAAACACAGUCCCUGUCAAUAUAAGGUACGAGUGCUUUUGGAAAUCUAGUUCCCGUUCAACCGUAACUUUCAUUUGUGUCAUGCAGGUUUGCUUUUUGCAAGGUGAUGGCAAAUGCGUGCAUCUGUGUGCAUGUGUAUGACUGAAAAGUUCUGCUUUUAUUGUACAGUGCGUGCGUGUCUGUGUUGGCCAAUAUUGUGGUUCCCAGAGGAAGUAAAUAAGUAGCACACUGUACAUAGAUUGUACAGUGAACUUUUAAUUCAACUCCUCCUUUAACCACUAGCUGGCACCCAAGUAACAGUUCACCCAAAAUAAAAUAAAAAUUUCAUUGUUUUAUUACCCUCAAGCUAUCCCAGAUGUGUAUGACUUUCUUCUGCAGAACACAAACAAAGAUUUUUAGAAGCAUAUUUCAGCUCUGUAGGUCCAUACAAUGGAAGUGAAUGGUGACCAAAAAUUUGAAGCUGAAAAAAGCACAGAAAGGCAGCAUAAAAGUAAUCCAAAUGACACCAGUGGUUAAAUCCAUGUCUUCAGAAGUGAUAUAAGUGUGGGUGAGAAACAGAUUAAUAUUCAAGUCCUUUUUUUCUAUCAAUCUCCACUUUCACAUUCUUCCUAUUUUUUUGGCGAUUUGCAUUCUUCAUCCAUAUCACCACCUACUGGGCAGGGAACAGAAUUUAGAGUUUAAAAAAAGACUUAAAUAUUGAUCUGUUUCUGAAAUAUUCUUCUAAAAAUCUUCAGUUGUGUUCUGCAGAAGAAAGUAAGUCCUACACAUCUGAGAUGGCAUGAGGAUGAGUAAAUGAUGAGAGAAUUUUCAUUUUUGGGUGAACUAUGCCUUUAACAAAAGUUAUUGUUGUGUUUAUGAUGAAUCAUGCACAGUGGGAUACAGUGAUUCUGUAUAGGUGUAGCCACACAUGGCCUGAUCUAUAAAGGGCUGCUUUUGUGACUUAAAGGUCAAAGGUCAUUCACAAUAUGCUGUCUUCUAUAGUGACUGUGUGUUGCGGCUAACGGGAAAGGCGCUUUUUAAAGCACUUAUGAAUUGAGCACACGUUUUGAUCGGCAAGCACAUCUCAAGGUAAAGGAAGAACUCAAACUUCGUUAGUCACUGUGUAUGUGGAUGAGGUGUGUGUGUGUGUAAAGAAUACUUAGUGGGAGGGUCUUUGUACCUUACAGAUAUAUUUAUACUGAUAUCUGGCUUGCUAGAGUUAUUGUUGUUGUUAAAGAAGGCCUUUGUGCCCUAUGAAGUCAAAUGGGGCCGUUCUAUUAUAAGGCACUGGGUUGUAAAUAAAAAAGAAACAUACAAGUUUUUUUUUUUAUAUUUCAAACUCUACUUUGUAACUGUACUAUAUUGCCUAAUUGUACCAUGCUACGAGAUUAAUACUCAUUUUUUGCUCAUUAUUACAUGCCAAAUGUACUUUUCCCCAGCAUUACAUCCGUGUGGACAUUGUAAUAGUGUAGGUUGCAUUGUGUACUUUCAUGAAUUUCAUUAUAAAGAUAUGAACACAUGUA